AUGGGAAUCUGUAUUGUAAGUUUUCUCAAAGUUCCCCACUUCCACUCUCUCUCUCUCUCUCAAUUUCAGAGCCAAGAGUACAAAAAGCCGACGGCGCAGCAAGAGGAGAUCCUUCACGACUUUUCAAAGUUCGCCAAGACCGAAGAGCGCCCGCCGAUGGCCGUCGAGCAUCAGAUGUACGACUACGCGCAGGCGGAGGAGGAGCAGGAGGACGAGUUGUUCGCGAUCGUCUGUUGUCCGCACUCGAUCGGAUUCGCGAGCGACAAGAUCGCACUGAUCGACCUGGAUCCGACGAGCGACACCUACUGCUCGGUGCUCUCGGAGAUUCAAUUAACGUCGAAAGGCGACGAGCCGGGCCGGAUGAACUGGGCGAAAUCCGCCGAAUCGCUAUCGGAAAUGAGCAGACUGGAGAGACGGAAUCUCAUCGUUCCGUGUAUGAACUCUGGCAAAAUCUACGUUUUGAGCUUUGAGGAGAAAAAGUUCAAGAUUGAAAAGGUAAGCGAUCCUUGGAUUGACUCUUUUCGAAUCAGUACCACACAGGAAAUUCGCGGCGACGAGCUCUUCCGCAAAGACGUCUCCUGCCCGUACGCAGUCCGUUCUCUUCCGCUCAAAGGAGCUCCGGUGCACGUCUCCACAUUAGGCGACCGAAAUGGACACGGAAAAGGUGAGCGUAGGCGUGGGCGUAGAGAUCAUAGAUCUAGACGAUGAGCUUGUCAGGCGAUUUCGUGCUGAUCGACCGAAAGAGCUGGGACGUGCGGCAGAAGAGCGAGCCGACGUUUGCCAACUUUGGCGGCGACUUUUGCCUCCAGCCACGUCACAACCUGCUCAUCUCGAGCGAAUGGGGCCAUCCGCGACUGUUCAGGGACGGAUUCUCGCCGAGCGAACUCGAAAACGGUAUUCGUACGCUUGUGCCUGCGGUCAGACGCUCAUGAUUUAGUGUCAGAGAGUUUCGGAUCGAGUCUGCACGUGUGGCAGAUCAGCCCGCCGAAGCUGCUCCAGUCGAUCAGUCUGGAUCCGUACAGCGCGAGUCUGGUGACCGCCGUGAAGUUUUUGCACAACGCCGACUGCAAUCACGCGUUCGCCAUCUCGGCAGUCGGCAGUUCCAUCUUCCACUUGCACAUGAACACGCUGAGCAAAGAGUGGGUCGCCGAGCGGGUUGCACAUAUUCCAUCCAUGAAGGUAUCCUGGCAAAACGGACGUACAUACGUGGCUUCUCAACUCAAACUGCACAUUAUAGGUAGAGCGCUGGCAAAGCGACGAAAUUCCGGCACUUUUGACCGAUAUGAUCAUCUCGAUGGACGACCGAUGGUUGUACGUAUGCGGGUUUCUGCACGGAGUCGUGUGGCGAUUCGACAUUCAGGAUCCGUUUCGAGUCACCCUUUAUGAUAAGGUUAGUACGCGUAGUAGCAUAGUUACAGCUACUUUCAGAUCAACCUGGGCGGAAUCCUGGAGAGCUUCCCCGAAGUUCGCGUCAAGACCUCGAAUGCGAUGGAGGACCGCUGGUGGCUGCCGCCCGAGUCCCGCCCGCUGCCACGUGGCACCAGAUUUCGUGGCGGUCCCGCUUUGAUGCAAUUGUCGAAAGACGGCGCCCGUCUUUAUGUUUGCAAUUCGUUUUAUAAAGCCUGGGAUGCGCAGUUUUAUCCGGAGCUUAUUUCGUGAGUUUUCCUAUUGGCGACGAGGGAGGAAAGGAUUCCAAGAAAAAAGAGGAGAAGAAGAAGAAGAAGAAGAAGGACAAAAAUCAUUGGAUUUUCAGAGAUGGCGGUCAAAUGGUUCGAGUGGAUAUUGCGGUCGACGAUGUGAUGAGGUUGAACGAGAAGUUUUUGGUUGAUAUGAAGGUGAGCGGGUCUCGCCACGAAAGUUGAACGGUAAUCGAGGCCUAGACGUUCACUAAAACAAGUAUUUUGGGUUCAAGUAUCAAACUGAUCCGAUUAUCUGGUCCGGAGAAAUGUCGAAUCUUUCGGGACCAGAUGAUUGGAUCGUUUUGAAACCUGCACCCAAAAUACUUCAAUCCAAGUGUGUAUUGAAAGCAAUUCAAAAGUCCAGCCUCGUUCUCUAUAGAAACUUCCACAAGAUGCCAAUUUCAGGGCCAGCCAAACGGACCGUUUGUGAUCCGCGACAUCAAGUUUCUGGACGGCGACUGUACAAGCGACUCGUUCCUUUGA